AUGUCUUUCGCCUCAGAUCUGUCUACCGGCGGUAAAGGUGGUACACUCGAUGCUUUAUUGUUCAAUUUAGAGCAAUUAAAAGAACUUGAAGCUGUAUCGGAAAUUGUUACAAAUUAUCUCAGUGGAGAUUACAAAGCCGUCCUCCGCACGCCCACUGCGCAAAUCCUGAUACAAAUCUUAGCAGAGAACGUUCAUCUUUCCAAGGAAGAUCAAACUCUUGCUCUCAAAGAUGCAAAUCUUCAAAAUCGGGAAGUCAUUCUUUAUACAUUCAUCACGGGAUUAGCAGCGUUUAACGCAUUCCUCCAAACAAAUGUCACGGGACCUUCAGUGGAUUUUGGAGAUGUUUUUCAAAGCUCGGAAUGGAAUGCUGACGAGUUGAGAGAGAAAUGUUUGAGGAGUUUAGAUGUGGAUGGUGUGAGUGUUUAUCAAUAUAUUCCCAAGGUGGAAUUAUUUUGUCUGGCGAGAUACAUCUUUACGGUCGUUUUCCCAAGACGUUCUUGGGUGAAAACUUGGGAUUGUAAGUGGAUGAGGAUUAGAAUCAAUGCUUAUCAUCAACGAUUGUUGAGUGGAUAUUCGAUGAAUGGGAGAAUGAGUGAUUCGACCGUUUUGCAGGAUCUGAUUGAACAGGAUUUGAAGGAUUUGGAAAAGGAGGUGUUUGUAGAGGAAAGUCCAUUUGGAACAGAUGCGAAGGUCAUGUUGUUGUUGGAAAAAGCCCAGAUUUAUAUUAUGGAAGGCUUGGAUUUGAAGGCUAGAGAGAAUGUGAAAAAAGCUAGUGAGGUUUCGGGAUUUGAGUAUGCUCUUUCUGGAGCUUUGGGCAAGAGGACAAAGUUUCAGCAGACUGAUAUUUCGCAAUUGGUUGUUUAUGCAAAGAGUAGAGAGGAUGAUGCAAAUACCAAGGUUUCAGAAUCGGCCGAAAAAUCAGAGGAAAACGCACAGUCAUCCGAUGUCGAGCAGGAAAGCACAACUGGUCCUCAAGCGUUAGAGUUGAACGAUGACACAUUAUUGGAGUCUAUUGAGUUUGCCAAAACACCAUCUGAUAAAGUGGAUAACUCCAAUUUACCAGCAGCUUUAGCUGGUAUGAAGCCAGAUGAACAACCACAACUUCAUCCUCUAGAUCAAAUUGCUCUGUUGACGGAAGCUACUCUCAAAGACACAUUGUCUCCUCUUGACAAGUUGAAUAGCGAAGAGAUCCUACCAUACGCUGUCCGUGUCCUCUCAGAUAAACCCACUAAUUGGCAAAUUUAUACACAAGCUCUCUUGGUCCGAAGUAGAAUCGAAGCCCACAGAUCCAGAACUCAAGAAAGAUCUGUUCUUCAGCUUCAAGUCAUCGUGGAUCAAAUUAUUGCCGAUACACAAGAAUCUACGCCAACAGCAGAUGCUGAUGGGGUACCACAAAUUCAAGUAACUUCUUUCCUUCCACGAGCCAAAGCCGGCGAAUCUGCUCCUGUUACCGAGAGAUUGAGAUACGUCAAUCAACUUAACACACCCACAAGAUGGGAAAUCGAAACCGAACUUGCAUUUGCAUGGUCCAAUGCCGGCUCCCUCGUCAGCGCUCUCGAAAUCUUCAAGAGACUAAAGAUGUGGGCCGAAGUUGCAUUAUGUUAUCAUUCCGUCGCCCAAGAAGACAAAGCUCGACAAAUUGUCCGGAGACAACUCUACUACUCUUCCCAAGGCUCAGAAAUGGACAAAUACGACAUCGAAGCCGAUGCUGUAGUCAAAGAGCAAUGGGAUGGAGAAAUGCGCACUCCCCCUCCACCCCACGCACCCCGUCUCUGGUGUAUCCUAGGAGAUCUCGACCAAGAUCCAACCUGCUGGCAACGUGCAUGGGAACUCUCCAAACAACGUUAUGCGCGUGCACAACGCACACUUGGAGAUUACUACACGCGAAAAAAUGAUCUCGCUGCGGCCCGCGAAGCCUACCUCGCUUCCGUGGUUGUAAAUCGUCAAAACAACGAUACCUGGUCUCGACUUGGUGAUAUAGAUCUCAAAACUGGAAACUGGGAUGGUGCUGUUAUCGCUUUCCAACAAAGUAUCAUGAUCGAUGAUACCGAUGCGAAAACAUAUAGCAAUCUCGGCUCCGCACUACUAUCCAAACACGACGAACUUGUUUCCUUGCAAAAAAUCGCCAAGAAGGAAGAAGCAUCCACCGAUAUUCCCGAUGACGAAGAAAUUGACUUUUCGCCCGAUAAAAGCGAUAAAUCCAAUGAUCCCAAAGAAAUCCUGAGACAAGCUCUCAUGGCCUACAAACGAGGCGCGGCCAUAGCCCACGGCAAUUGGAAAAUCUGGGAUAACGUCAUCACGAUCGCUACACGCAUGAGUCCCCCUGCUUUCCCCGAAAUCCUCAUGGGCCUGCGCAAUAUUCUGCGCAUUCGUGCACCCAAUGUCGGCGAAUACGCAAUCGAUAUGGAUAUACUCUCUUCUCUCGUGAUCGAAGUCGUCAGCCGGGAUAAAACAGAUGAAGUCGGUUCCUCGGGGAAACAGCGAGAUUACAAGGGGGCGUUGGAGGCGGCGGAGAAGGCGUGGAGGAUGAGUAUGAAUGAGGAGGGCUGGUUGGAGAAGGAGGAGCUGUGGAUGAGUGUUGUGGGGACGACGGAGAGGUUGGUGGGUGCGUAUGAGAAUUUUGGGGAGGAGGGGAAGUGGAAGGGGAAGGCAAGGAGUGCGGUCAGGGGGGUUAUGGGGAAGGGGAGGGAUUUCUGGGAGGGGACUAAAGGGUGGGAGACCUUGGAGGGGUUGAUGGAAGAAUUGAAGGCUUAG